AUGCAGGCCCAAGCACGUUCCCGCAAGCGCGCGGCCGACGGCAGUGCUCAAGACGCGACAUUUCCAUACUCGCAGCAGAUGCAAGACGGAUCCUUCGGCGUCAACGACCCUCUGGCACAAUACCGAAACCCUCUCGCGAACGACACAAACACUUCCUUCCCCGAUUUCCCUCCCUACGACAACUCGAUCAACAACACGAACCCCAGUGCCAACUUUUAUCCUCCGCAAGUGCCGACAACUCAGGCGCCUGCUUACGGUCAAUCUGUCGUCCAUCCUUCAAAUCAGCUUGUGCGGAGGAACACCAACCAGCAAGUCGCUCGCACGCCUCAAAGGAACCAAUGGAGUAAUUUCGCCAAUCCGACCGAUCGCGUAUGGGAGGAUAUGGAUCAUGAAGAAGAGCAGGACUUGGAUCAGAAGGCUGCCAUCGCGAAGAAGGAUGCUCAAGCAAAGCGAAAACAAAUUCCGCCAUUCGUUCAGAAACUGAGCAGCUUUUUGGAUUCGUCGAACAAUACAGAAUUGAUUCGCUGGUCAGAUGAUGGCAACUCAUUCAUUGUUCUCGACGAGGAUGAGUUUGCACGUACACUGAUCCCAGAACUCUUCAAACAUAACAACUAUGCUUCGUUCGUACGCCAGCUCAACAUGUACGGUUUCCACAAGAAGGUGGGUCUCAACGCCAACUCGAUGAAAGCAGCCGAGAAAAAAGUCAAGGAUCCCAGCGUGUACUGGCACGAAUACUUUAAGAGAGGUCGACCUGAUCUGCUAUGGCUGAUUCAAAAACCUGCCGCCAAAUCUUCGAGCUCCAAGAGGAAACGAGAUCAAGAAAAGCGUGAGACAGGCGACAGUGACGAUGACCAUAAGAACUCGCCUGACACCGGCGACGGAGGUACAGGGCUCAUGACAACCAUCCCGCGACAGGACAUGGGCACCUUCCGUACCGAGUUACAGAAAUUGCAACGUCAGCAGAGUGUUAUAUCCAAGAUGAUAACAUCAUUAAAGGAACAGAACGAGCAAUUCUAUCGCCAGGCAACUGCGUUCCAGGCUCUCCAUGAUCGGCACGAGAACUCGAUAAACGCCAUUCUCACCUUCUUGGCUACAUUCUACAACCGCAGCCUGGAUGGACAUUCAGGUCCACCUAAUCUGGCCAGCUUCCUCAACAGUGCUUCCAUGCCGCAGCAAGCCCAGCAACAAGGUAGUGUCUUCGACAUGGGCGAUGGCGACAUGAACGAGAGCAAUGUCAGCAACACAAACAAUCAACAGCUGCAACGCUACCAAAAACGACCUUUGCUUUUACCCGCCCCUGGGCCGCAAAAUCUUUCUGCCUCGCCUUUGUCAAAUACCACUCCCUCUGUUCGUUCCUCUACUAGUCCUGGCCCCACACAACAAGGACAACACACAACACAAUAUGGCACACGCCCACCCCAAGCGCGACCUCAGCAACAACAGCAGCAGCAGCCACAAAGGCCCUCAGUCACUCCUGUCAUCAAGGACGACGCACCUACACCCGAUCUGCUAAACCAAUAUCCAGAACAUGACGACGUUAUGAACCUCAUUCACAAUGUGAACGCGAGCAACUCGCCCAACAAUGGCGGCGGUGCUGGAAACUAUGAUAUCAAUAGUGCACUGGAUCACUUGCAGGCUGCCAACAGCAAUAGCACUUUGACACCACAACAACGGGAAGAUAUGCUCUCGAUGAUAGCAGCAUCGGGAGCUACUGGAGCAGGCGCCACGGCCGCUCAACCUGGUGCCAACAAUGCUCUUAUGAUGCCUGACCCACCAACGAUGCCAUCGCUAGAAGCCCUCCGACAGAACAAUGCGCAGCUCGAUAUGCUAGCCAAGUUGCAACAAGAGCAAGACUCUAAAGUUGCCGACCUUGCAGGGCGCUUGCAACCACUCUCCCCGACAGGCGCGAUCCCAGGUAUCACUGCCAACAACUUUGAAGACAUAGGCAAUCCUGGCGAUUUUGAUCUUAGUAGUUAUCUUAAUGAGCCCGAGGAUGGGUACUUUGGCGGUUUGGACACAACGUCUGCGGCUCAACAAUCUACCUACCCAACCACCUCUGCGCCAUCGCAAGGUAUCAAUGACGAUCUUGGCUUCAACUGGGAUUACACUCAAGCGAAUGGACUUCCAGAUACAGAUGACUUGUUUGGCGAUGUUGGAGGAACAGGAGUCAACGAUGGAAGCUUGAACGUUGAUGAGGGAGGUGGCAGGGUCGUUGGCAGCGUUAGUUCGGCAGGCACGAGUCCCCCAGACACAACGAAAGCAGCAGGUGAUGAUGAAGAGACGCCGAGCAAGAAGCGCAAAACCGGUGAAUAG